AGUUGCUGAGGCCAGCCUAGAACUUAUGAUCCUGUUGCCUCUGUCUCCCAAGUUACUGGGAUUAUGGAUGUGUACUGUUCUAGUGUGCAUGAGGUAGUACCUCUUUGUGGUUUGAUCUGCUUUUCCCUAAUAACUAGUGAAAUGGAACAUCUAUUCAUGUGCUCUUAUUGCCCAUUUUUAUAUCUUCUUUGGAGAAAUUUCUGUUCAAGUCCUUUGUGCAUUUUUAAUUGGGUUGCCCUUGCCUGUUUUUGUAUUUGAGUUAUGCUUCUAAAUUUGCUGCUCCUCAGAAGCCAGAAUAGUGUAUGCAUCUUAUUAUCUUAAACCACCUGUUUGCUGAGAACCUAAGCCAUCUACUGACUCCUUGGGCACCUGAGGUACGGAGAGAGAACAGGGCCAAGAAAGGCAGGCCAGAGAGCUCUGGCAGAGCUGGCCCAAGGGAAAUAUGCCCACCUCUGUCCUCCAGGUCCUCCUGGAACUUUCAGUCGAGGUACUAGGAAAGCUGUUCAUGUUUGGCUCUGGAAAGACAGGCUUCCAGGACCGAAGGCCUGCCCUUUCAUCUGUGUUUCUUUUAAGCAUUGCAACAUCCACCAGGCUUCUACUUGACAGUCCCCUGGGUUGGGAAAAUGUGCCCAGUAGCCCUGGCUGGCCUAGGGCCUGGAGGACAGGCUCACAGCCUAACCCACAGGAGCAGACUAUCUCCAGUCAAAGCUGUAAAUGACUGAGAAAGCAGUGCUGGGCACUUCUUCCAGCGGGGCUCACACCCCCUCACCCACACUGACUCGGUUCCAGGAAAUGGGAUGGUGGACACUGACCAGCACAGCUCCCUCUCAGUCAGAAAUUGAUUAAUUCUCCCUAGUUCUGGGAAGAAGCUCUCUCUAAAACAGUGGAAAACGAAGCCAAGAACCCAGAGGUCCAAAGUCAUAAUUCUCCCGUGGGAGACUCACCAUCUGUGGCUUUGGUUACGUUGUCCUGCUGCUGAGAGGACAGUCCCACAGGGCCUGCCUCACAAGGCAGGAGGCACUGCCUAGCUUGUGGGGCAUCAUUUGAGAGGAUCCCAUCUUCCCAUAGUCUGAAAUUUCUUCAGGAGACUCAUCCUGAGGGUCUCAGAAGCCCUUUGUCUCACAGGUUUUGCUUUUAGAUGGACUCAGGUUUACCAGGUAACAUCCAGGCUUUACUAACUAGUGGAUGAAGCACCGGAAAGGUCUAGUAGAAGAUGAAGAGGCCCAAAACACACCUGACCAUUGUUGUUUUCUUUUCUUUUUUAUUUAAGAUGAAAUUCACAUAACAGAAAAUUAUCUAUUUUAAAGUGUUCAAGGCUGAAGAUAUAGCUCAAUGACAUAGUGUGCACUUUGCAUGCCUGAGACGCUAGGUUCAAUUCCUCGCACCAAAAUUAAUAAUAAAAUGUGCAAUUGAUUGGAAUUGAGUACAUUUGCAUUGCUGGGCAUCCAUCACCCCAAAAGAGAACUUAUACCCAUUAAGCAGUUACUCCCUGCUAUUUGGGCAGUUUUUGUUGUUGUUGUUGUUGGUGGUGGUGGUGUUAUUAUUGUUUCUUUCCUCAGCCAGCUCCUGACAACCACUAAUCUGCUUUCUGUCUCCAUGAUUUACCCAUUCUGGAUAUUUCAUAUAAAGGAAAUCACCAUGUAGCGUGAUCUUUGAUGAACCAUUGUUUUUAUAGGAGCCCAGUCCCCCCACAAGGCUGCUGCUGUCUUUUGCCAGGAUCAGGAAAUAAAUUUUCUAAAUAACCAGAAUGAAUGAAAACUCCCUGCUUAAAUUAAUAGUGAAAAUAUCCCACCGAAGUUCUUUCCAGGCCCUAGGUAACCUCUCUAUUUUCUCCAGAGCACAGUGCUAACGUGUUGAAAUGGAUGCUGCCCUUCAGCAUGAACAGGCACCAAGAGGAGCGAGCAUGGAAGGGCCAAAGGCCUCCACAGGCCACUGGGGACCCAGGCCCAGGUGGACAGCAGCUCCAAGAGCUGGGUCCCGUGCAGGUCAAGUGUGGCCACCAUUCUAGGGGCUGCUGAAAGGCCCUGGCCCUCCAUGCAUAGUGCCAGCUCUCAUGAGCAUCUAAGGAGCUCACUGUCUCUGCCGCCUAAGGAGCUCACUGUCUCUGCCGCACUUCGUGUGUGUGGUUCAGGAAAACCCAAGUUCAUCUGCCAAGUUCAGGAUACAAUUCUGACUGUUCCGGGCUUUUCUUUCUGCCUUUCCCUAAUCUCGAAUGGGCGUGCUCUCUAAAAGGGGAAGUGAUGCAUUCUGACUGGCCAGGGCCCACAGCCGGGAGCCAGGAAAUGUCUACUAGCACGAGUAGCGCUGCCCAGCGUGGCACUGGCUCAGCCUCCUUAUCCAAGGCUGCUUCCCCGGGAUGUAGAGAAGACACGGUUCAAUGUGUAGACCUUCUUCCUCUCCAGCGUCUCCAGCCUCCAACCCCAGGACAUCACUAGCGCAGGUGAAAACGAAAGCCUGUCUCAGCGGCCAUAACUCUGCCAGCAGCACCUCAAAGCCAUUCAAAACGCCCAAAGACAAUCUACUUACCUCCAGCAGCAGACAGCACACAGUCUUUUCUGCAAAAGGAUCAAGGGAUAAACCAUGCGUUCCGGUUCCUGUAGUCAGUUUAGAGAAAAUUCCUAACCUAGUGAAGGCAGAUGGUGCCAAUGUCAAAAUGAACUCUACAACCACUACUGCAGUCACCUCCUCCUCCACCUCCUCCUCUGCCGUCUCCACCCCUCCUUUAAUUAAGCCCAUCUUGAUGUCCAAGUCAGUGCCACCUUCACCAGAGAAAAUCCUAAAUGGCAAAGGAAUUCUGUCAGCCACAAUAGACAAGAAACACCAAAAUGGCACCAAAAACAGCAACAAGCCUUACCGGAGACUUUCAGAGAGAGAAUUUGACCCAAAUAAACACUGUGGAGUAUUGGAUCCCGAGACAAAGAAACCUUGCACAAGAUCCCUCACCUGCAAGACACACUCGCUAAGCCAUCGGAGGGCAGUCCCGGGCCGGAAAAAGCAAUUUGACCUCCUCCUGGCGGAACACAAAGCCAAGUCCCGGGAGAAAGAAGUUAAAGAGCACCUCCUGACUUCCACAAGGGAAAUACUUCCAAAUCCACCUGGGCCAGGGCAGGAGUCUCUGCUGGGAUCUUCAGGGAGUUCGGGGCCAGAACCAAAAGUUGCAUCCCCUGCAAAAUCCAGGCCACCUAACUCUGUACUUCCCAGACCAUCAUCUGCAAAUAGCAUAAGUAGCAGUGCGUCUUCAAAUCACAGCGGCUACGCGCCAGAGCCCCCUCUGCCCCCGGUUGGAGGUGACCUCACCAGCCGACUGUCCAGUGAUGAAGGGGAGAUGGACGGAGGCGAAGAAUCUGAGAGGUUGGACUGUCAGUUCUCCGUGCACCAUCCCAGACCUCUUGCGUUUUGCUCAUUCGGGAGUCGCCUCAUGGGACGAGGGUACUAUGUGUUUGAUAGAAGAUGGGAUCGUUUUCGAUUCGCACUAAACUCCAUGGUAGAGAAACACUUGAAUUCACAGAUGUGGAAGCACAGAAGCCCGAGCCACAGGGCAUCAGGUCCCUCCCCCCUGUUCAGGACUUGCCUAACCAAUCUGCUGUCACUGAGCAACAUUGGGGCUGCCUGGGUGUCAACUCUGGAGAGCGUAGCACCACGCUGCCCUCUCAACCUCGCUGCCCAAACCCCAGGCCCCGACGGGCCCGAACCUGGAGGGAUGGCAGCCGAUGGGGGCAUGGAAGACAUUAGGAAGAAAAGGAACGGCCAAGACACUUUUUUCUUUAACAAGCAUUUAACUCUGCAUCAGGAGACGCCAACACAGUAUUCUCUUUCAGCCAGGAAGAUCCCUCCUGCGGCAGAUAGCCCCAUGCCCUCGCCAGCAGCCCACAUCACCACCCCUGUUCCAGCAUCCGUUUUGCAGCCUUUCAGCAACCCCGGUGCUGUGUAUCUUCCUUCAGCUCCCAUCAGCUCGAGACUCACCUCUUCUUACAUAAUGACAUCAGCCAUGCUCUCAGACGCAGCUUUUGUGGCAUCGCCGGACCCGCGUGUCCUCAUGUCCCACACCACAGCUUUCCCCCAUGUGGCCGCAACCCUCAGCAUCAUGGACUCAACCUUCAAGGCCCCAUCUGCCGUGUCCCCGAUACCAGCCGUCAUCCCUUCCCCAUCCCACAAGCCAUCCAAAACCAAAACCAGCAAAUCCUCAAAAGUCAAAGACCUGUCCACCCGUAGCGACGAGUCUCCAAGUAACAAAAAGAGGAAGCCCCAGUCUUCGACUUCCUCCUCCUCCUCCUCUUCCUCCUCCUCCUCUUCCUCCUUGUCCCUGCCGCCUUCCCUCUCGUCUCCAUUGUCAGGGCCCCACAAAAAGAACUGUGUCCUGAAUGCCAGUUCCGCUCUGAACUCCUAUCAGGCGGCCCCUCCCUAUACCAGUCUGUCUGUGCACAACUCAAACAAUGGGGUGAGCCCACUCAGUGCCAAGCUGGAGCUCUCAGGACGGACCUCGCUGCCCGGCGGCCCCGCGGACAUAGUGAGACAGGUGGGCACGGUGGGCGGCAGCAGUGACUCCUGUCCCCUCUCUGUGCCCUCCCUUGCGCUCCACACAGGGGACCUCUCUCUGGCCUCACACAAUGCCGUGUCUUCUCUGCCCCUCUCUUUUGACAAAUCAGAAGGAAAAAAGCGUAAGAACUCGAGCACUAGUAGCAAAGCCUGUAAAAUCACUAAAAUGCCUGGUAUGAAUAGCGUUCACAAAAAGAACCCACCCGGCCUUCUUGCACCGGUGCCCGAGCCCGUUAACAGCACCUCCUCUCGGCAGGUAAGGGACCUCCUGGCACAGCCUUCAUCGGCUCUGGGGGGCAGGGGGAGCUGGGCAGUGCCCCUGCUUGGCCAGGUGGCUCAGACAGGUAACGCAAGCGUGGCUCCUUUUCUCAUUUUCCCUGUAGGCGACCUUCACCCUCUGCUUUGAGAGCAGUUUAUUUAACAAAUGCUUCAGAGACUCUCACUGUGAGCUAGGCAGUGUGCUGAGCACAUUACAACCAUCACCCCACUUAGUCCUCACAGCCGUCCAGUGCGAUUGGUAGAAUUGUUGUUGCCACUUUACAGAUGGGUAAACUGAGGCACGGAGCGUUUGAGUUCCCCACUCCACUUUUGUUGAUUUUUUUCUAUCUUGGGCUUAUCAGGAUGAUUUCAUUAAAGAGUUCUGGUGUUAAGAAGUUUGAUUUGAUCUGUUGGAAACCCCUCAGGAAGAGCCCAAGAUCCAAGCAGGUUUAAUGGCUAGGGAGUGGUAACCUGGUUUCCCAGGUUCCAGGAGAUUGUCCGCAGUUCACCAGGCUGCCUGGAUCCAUGCCCCCUCCUAAUGUAACUCUUUCCUUCCUAAAGGAAAACGGCAGCUCACGCCAAAUGCAUGUAUCAUGAGGACGCUGGGAAAACGUGGGUGGCCCAGCUGGGUGCAGUGGCACACACCUGUGAUCCCAGCAACUUGGGAGGCUGAGGCAGGAUGAUCUCAAGUUCAGAGCCAGCCUUAGCAACUUAGUGAGGCCCUAAGCAGCUUAGUGAGACCCUGUCUCAAAAUACAAAAAAAAGGGAGGGGGGGGCUGGAAUGUGGCUCAGUGGUUAAGUGCCCCUGGGUUCAAUCCCCAUUACCAAAAAUAAACCAAAAAUGUGGGUGAUCCAAGAAGAAUGUGUGUUUCAUUCCCUUGGGCUCCAUUCCCAGUCCCAAAUCCAGUCUGUCUUCUCGGGCUGGAGGAGCUACUUGGGAAAGGCCGCCACCACCCACUCCUCAGCCCAGCUGGUGGGAGGACCAACGCCUGCCCAGAGACUGGAGUUCAGCCUGAGGCCAGUGACCUAGAAUUCAUGGGCUAAACCAUAAGGCUGGUCCAGGAUAGGGAUGAGGACUUUGGAAAGAUGGGAGGCAGAGGUUAAAAGAUGUCUUCAUGUUUUAUGUCACCAUGUAUGGGACUUGUUAAAACCCCAUGAAGAACACCUCCUGAGGGAGGGGGAGUCACAAGUACACACUUGAACAACAGCAAGUUUGGAGCCCAAGGGGGCCAGACAGCUGCAACGAGGCCAAGUUGAGAGGAGUGCAAGAUGCAGGUCCUCUGUAGCACCUGGGUCCAUUCUGACCCCCCUCCCAGUUCCAGAAAUAGGGAUGGGGCCCUACCUGCAGAUUAAACUGCUGGCCAGUGCUAGCACCAGUUUCAGGAUGGAGGACACCGCCAGGGCUUCUCAAGCUAGAACGUGCACAUGAAUGUGAAAAUGCAUAUUCUGCCAGGUGCAAUGCUGCAUGCCUUUAAUCCCAGCGUCUGGAGAGGCUGAGGCAGCUGGAUGGCAAGUUCAAGGCCAGCCUCAGCUACUUAGCAAAGCCCUAAGCAACUUAGCAAGACCCUGUCUCAAAAUAAAAAGGACCAGGGAUAUAGCUCAGUGGUAGAGCAUCCCUGGGUUCAGUCCCCUGUACCAAAAACAUUCACAUUUGGAGUGAGCAGGCUUGAGGUUGGGCCUUUGCAGCCAGGCCCAACACAGCCCACCAUGUACCAAGGACAGUCACAGAGGAAGGGACAUACCCACAUGUCCCCAGUACUGCCGUCCCAGGGACCCAGCUGGGCACAGAACCCUGACUUCCAGGCAGGGCCACUACACUACACUGGUUUGCUGACCAUGCCUUGGACAGCAAAACCAUGAUAUCUCACUCAUUUUAGAUAGAGUUCUAGCAGCUGACACGUGUGAUGGUCUCUGUUUCAAGCACUUCAGAUAUAUUAACUCAAUAAUUACCUGUCAUUGCCCCCAUCGUAGAGAUGAGUCAACCAAGGCACAGAAAGGUUACCCAGCUCACACAGCAAAUAGAGUAGGUCUGGGAUUUAAAGACAGGCAUUUUGCUCUGGAGUCGGGCUUUUGGCCUCCAUGCUGUUAAGGGGCUGUCUCCACAUUGAGAGACAGCUGCUCUCUUGGUUCUGGGGUCUGCAGGACUGUAUGAAAUGCUUGGGUGCUACAAUGAAUCAAUCAAAAGCAGUGGCAAAAAAAAAUCAGAUGAGUCUCCACCAGAGUGAUUGUCAGGAGGAGAAUCAACACUGGUGUUCACCUCUAGGGAUUUCCAAGUGUUGGGAAAAGGCCAUGGCCUUUGGGGUGUGCACUGAUGGUCUUAGAAGGUUGGGAGAGUAAAAGCAUAAAGUUGAAAAAUCCAAGAUAAGCCUGUGCUUUGGGGACAACUUGAGGAUCCAUUGAAUUAUGUUUGGUAGAUAUAAGGCCAGAAUUUGCUACCAAGGUAUUAAACAGACAUGAACUGAGACUGUGUUGCAGGCAAAUAUCUUUAGGCAAAGGUGAGUUGAUGUUGAGGAGGAUCUAUGUACAGGCUGAAAGCACUAGUUGCCUUUGCAGCCAGGCCUGGUGGUGCCCACCUGUAACCCCAUUGGCUCAGGAGGAUGAGGCAGAAGGAUCAAAAGUUCAAAGCCAGUCUCAACAAAAUUAGCAAAGCCCUAAGCAAUUUAGUGAGACCCUGUCUCAAAAUUAAAAAUAAAAAAGGGCUGGAAAUGUGGCUCAGUGGUUAAGCACUCCUAGGUUCAACCCCUGGUACAAAAAAAGAAAAAGACUUGCCUUUGCAAACAAGUCAGGAACAAGGCACUGGCCCCUGAUAUUAGCUCCCACGAUGUCCCAGCCCACCACGUGACAAGGACAGUCACAGAGGAAGGGAUCCAUCCACAUGUCCCCAGUACUGCCACCCCAGGGUCCUAGCUGAGCACAGGGUCCUGCCCUUCCUACACUUGCAGGGGCAGCCAGCACCAUUGUGCUGAUUUUCUGAAUGCUGUCUCCUGGCCAGGAAACCCGAUGCAGAAACAGGCCUAGGUGUCUUUAGCCACUGAUGGUCCAAGGGAAUCUGGGCUGGAGACAAGGUGGGUCUGCAAUGUGGGUCAGAGGUAGGUGAACUUGUGUAGCCCACACGUGGACGUGCUGGGGCUCCCAGGAGAGGCCAGCUUCUCACCAGAUACUUCACCCUGACACUUGCAGUCUGUCCAUCUGGGGAGCAAAAUUAGAAGUUCGCUACCAUCCUACUUUUCCUCUGGGAACCAUUGUCACUUUCUCUGCCACUGAAGAUGGAAAGGCUCAUUCCGAAGCAGUGUGAGAGAAUGAGGCCCGUUGCACAGCCCUGCUCCUCACCCCCAGCAGUGUGGUGUCUGAGGGACUUUCCAAGGUGCCUCUGGUGUCUGAGUGGGUUUCACUGGUGU